GAGGAUCUCCAUUGAAAUAAACAACCAGGCAGCAGUUAUUAACACGGGAACAUGGCGGCCGCAGCCUGGGCUCCCGCGGCUGCGGCGAAGGUCAGCGCCGACGGCAGCCGGCACCUGACGGCGUGACGGCCCCACUGAUUCCGCUCAGAUUUGGCUUCAGAUGAACAGAUCUUCUGCACUGUGUACAGGCACAGCUGCUGAUAUGUAUUCAAGAUGAGUGGGAUGGGAGAAAACACCUCUGACCCAUCCAGGGCAGAGACAAGAAAACGCAAGGAAUGCACUGACCAGCUUGGACCCAGUCCCAAAAGGAGCACCGAGAAACGUAAUCGUGAGCAGGAAAAUAAGUACAUCGAAGAGCUUGCAGAGCUGAUUUUUGCAAAUUUUAAUGAUAUCGACAACUUCAACUUCAAACCUGACAAAUGUGCAAUCUUAAAAGAAACUGUGAAGCAGAUUCGCCAGAUCAAGGAGCAAGAGAAAGCAGCAGCGGCCAACAUAGAUGAAGUGCAGAAGUCAGACGUGUCGUCCACAGGGCAGGGUGUCAUCGACAAGGAUGCACUGGGGCCUAUGAUGCUUGAGGCCCUCGAUGGCUUCUUCUUUGUGGUGAACCUAGAAGGCAACGUGGUGUUCGUGUCGGAGAAUGUGACACAAUACCUAAGGUAUAACCAGGAAGAACUGAUGAACAAGAGUGUCUACAGCAUCCUGCAUGUCGGGGACCACACUGAAUUUGUCAAGAACCUGCUGCCCAAGUCCAUAGUGAAUGGGGGAUCUUGGUCUGGUGAACCUCCCAGGCGGAACAGCCAUACCUUCAACUGUCGGAUGCUGGUGAAGCCUUUACCUGAUUCAGAAGAGGACGGCCAUGAGAACCAGGAAGCGCACCAGAAAUAUGAAGCUAUGCAGUGCUUUGCUGUGUCUCAGCCUAAGUCCAUCAAAGAGGAAGGAGAAGAUUUGCAGUCCUGCUUGAUUUGUGUGGCACGAAGAGUCCCCAUGAAGGAAAGACCAGCCCUUCCCUCAUCAGAGAGCUUUACCACCCGCCAAGACCUCCAAGGCAAGAUCACUUCUCUGGACACCAGUACCAUGAGAGCUGCCAUGAAACCGGGCUGGGAGGAUCUGGUGAGAAGAUGCAUUCAGAAGUUCCACACACAGCACGAAGGGGAGUCUCUGUCCUAUGCGAAGAGACAUCAUCACGAAGUUCUGAGACAAGGCUUGGCAUUUAGUCAAAUCUACCGUUUUUCUUUGUCCGAUGGCACUCUUGUUGCUGCACAGACGAAAAGCAAACUCAUCCGUUCUCAGACAACUAACGAGCCUCAGCUUGUAAUAUCCUUACACAUGCUUCACAGAGAGCAGAAUGUAUGUGUAAUGAAUCCGGAUAUGACUGGACAAGCGAUGGGGAAGCCAUUGAAUCCAAUUAGCUCUAGCAGCCCUGCCCAUCAGGCCAUGUGCAGUGGGAACCCAGGUCAGGACAUGACCCUCAGUAGCAAUAUAAAUUUUCCCAUGAAUGGCCCAAAGGAACAAAUGGGCAUGCCUCUGGGCAGGUUUGGUGGUUCUGGGGGCAUGAACCAUGUAUCAGGCAUGCAAGCAACCACUCCUCAGGGUAGUAACUAUGCACUCAAAAUGAACAGUCCCUCACAAGGCAGCCCCGGCAUGAACCCAGGGCAACCCACCUCCAUGCUCUCACCACGGCAUCGCAUGAGCCCCGGCGUGGCUGGCAGUCCUCGCAUCCCACCCAGUCAGUUUUCCCCUGCAGGAAGCUUGCAUUCCCCUGUGGGAGUUUGCAGCAGCACAGGAAAUAGCCAUAGUUAUACCAACAGUUCCCUCAAUGCACUGCAAGCCCUCAGCGAGGGCCAUGGGGUCUCAUUAGGGUCAUCGUUGGCUUCACCGGACCUAAAAAUGGGCAAUUUGCAAAACUCCCCAGUUAAUAUGAAUCCUCCCCCACUCAGCAAGAUGGGAAGCUUGGACUCCAAAGACUGUUUUGGACUUUAUGGGGAGCCAUCGGAAGGUACAACUGGACAAGCAGAGACCAGCUGCCAUCCUGGAGAACAAAAGGAGCCCAAUGAUUCCAGCAUGCCCCAGGCGGCCAGCGGGGAGAGGGCCGAGGGCCACAGCCGGCUACAUGACAACAAAGGGCAGACCAAACUCCUCCAGCUGCUGACCACCAAGUCUGACCAGAUGGAGCCUUCUCCCUUGCCCAGCUCUUUGUCAGACACAAGCAAGGACUCUGCGGGUAGCUUGCCUGGGCCUGGGUCAACACAUGGCACCUCGCUCAAGGAGAAGCAUAAGAUUUUGCACAGACUCUUACAGGACAGUAGCUCCCCUGUGGACUUGGCCAAGUUGACAGCAGAAGCCACAGGCAAAGAGCUGAGCCAGGAGUCCAGCAGCACAGCUCCUGGGUCAGAAGUGACUGUCAAGCCAGAGCCAGUGAGCCCCAAGAAGAAAGAGAAUGCACUACUUCGCUAUUUGCUCGAUAAAGAUGAUACUAAAGAUAUUGGUUUACCGGAAAUAACCCCCAAACUCGAGCGACUGGACAGUAAGACAGAUCCUGCCAGUAAUACAAAACUAAUAGCUAUGAAAACUGUGAAAGAGGAGAUGAGCUUUGAACCCAGUGACCAGCCUGGCAGCGAGCUGGACAACCUGGAAGAGAUUUUGGAUGAUUUGCAAAAUAGUCAAUUAUCACAGCUUUUCCCAGACACAAGGCCAGGAGCCCCUGCUGGGUCAGUUGACAAGCAAGCCAUCAUCAAUGACCUCAUGCAACUCACCGCGGACAGCAGUCCCGUUGCACCUGUUGGAGCCCAGAAAGCAGCGCUGCGAAUGUCACAGAGCACUUUUAAUAACCCACGACCAGGGCAACUGGGCAGGUUAUUGCCAAACCAGAAUUUACCACUUGACAUCACAUUGCAAAGCCCAACUGGUGCUGGACCUUUCCCACCAAUCAGAAACAAUAGCCCCUACUCAGUGAUACCUCAGCCAGGAAUGAUGGGUAAUCAAGGGAUGCUAGGAAGCCAAGGAAACUUAGGGAACAAUAGCACAGGAAUGAUUGGCAGUAACACUUCUCGGCCCGCCAUGCCUUCUGGGGAAUGGGCACCACAGAGUACGGCUGUGAGAGUCACUUGUGCUGCUACUACUGGUGCCAUGAACCGGCCAAUCCAAGGAGGCAUGAUUCGGAACCCAACAGCCAGCAUCCCCAUGCGAGCCAACAGCCAGCCUGGCCAAAGACAGAUGCUUCAGUCUCAGGUCAUGAACAUAGGGCCUUCGGAGUUAGAAAUGAACAUGGGAGGACCUCAGUAUAAUCAACAGCAAGCUCCUCCAAAUCAAACUGCCCCAUGGCCUGAGAGCAUCUUGCCUAUAGACCAGGCAUCUUUUGCCAGCCAGAACAGGCAGCCGUUUGGCAGCUCCCCCGAUGACCUGCUGUGUCCACAUCCUGCAGCAGAGUCUCCCAGUGAUGAGGGCGCUCUUCUGGACCAGCUGUAUCUGGCCUUGCGGAACUUCGAUGGCCUUGAGGAGAUUGAUAGAGCUCUGGGGAUCCCAGAACUGGUCAGCCAGAGCCAAGCUGUAGAUCCAGAACAGUUCUCAAAUCAAGAGUCCAACAUGAUGCUGGAGCAGAAGGCCCCUGUUUUCCCACAGCAGUAUGCGUCUCAGGCACAAAUGGCCCAGGGUAGCUACAAUCCCAUGCAAGAUCCAAACUUUCAUACCAUGGGACAGCGGCCUAAUUACACCACACUCCGUAUGCAGCCCCGACCAGGGCUCAGGCCCACGGGCCUCGUGCAGAACCAGCCAAACCAACUGAGACUUCAACUUCAGCAUCGCCUCCAAGCACAGCAGAAUCGCCAGCCACUUAUGAAUCAAAUCAGCAAUGUUUCAAAUGUGAACUUGACUCUGAGGCCUGGAGUACCAGCACAGGCUCCUAUUAAUGCCCAGAUGCUGGCCCAGAGGCAGAGGGAAAUCCUCAACCAGCAUCUUCGGCAGAGACAAAUGCAUCAGCAACAGCAGGUGCAGCAGCGAAACCUGAUGAUGAGAGGACAAGGGUUGAAUAUGACCCCAAGCAUGGUGGCUCCUAGUGGUAUACCAGCAACCAUGAGCAAUCCCCGGAUUCCCCAGGCCAAUGCUCAGCAGUUUCCAUUUCCUCCAAACUACGGAAUAAGUCAACAACCUGAUCCUGGUUUUACUGGGGCUACGACACCCCAGAGUCCUCUAAUGUCCCCCCGGAUGGCACACACCCAGAGUCCCAUGAUGCAGCAAUCUCAAGCCAACCCAGCCUACCAGCCCCCCUCGGACAUGAACGGAUGGGCACAGGGGAGCAUGGGCGGAAACAGCAUGUUUUCACAACAGUCCCCACCACACUUCGGGCAACAAGCAAACACCAGCAUGUACAAUAACAACAUGAACAUCAAUGUGUCCAUGGCAACCAACACAGGUGGCUUGAGCAACAUGAACCAGAUGACAGGACAGAUCAGUAUGACCUCAGUGACCUCCGUGCCUACGUCGGGGCUGUCCUCCAUGGGUCCUGAGCAGGUAAAUGACCCUGCUCUGAGGGGAGGCAACCUUUUCCCAAACCAACUGCCUGGAAUGGACAUGAUCAAGCAGGAGGGAGAUGCAUCUCGGAAAUACUGCUGACCCUACAGGUAGCAGUCUGCUUCUAUCUUCAACCCACGGGGCUUAUUUGCUCCAAACACUGACCAGUCUGCAGAGCUGCAUCUCUUUAUUCUGACCCACCUGACCUGCCACCGGUUCCCCCCAGGACACAUCAGCAGACAGUUGGGCGCUGGCCCCAGCAGAGAGUGUGCUGGCUUGGCUGCCACUGGAAGCGCUGCCUCUGCUGCCAGCCUGAAGCUCGCCUCCAGACCAUCUCGCAGUCUGUCCACUGCAUUCACCUUAGUGCAACUUAGAUCUCUCCUGCAAAGAAUAUGUGGACAGGCAAACGUCAUGCCCAUUCAGAUUGAAUGUAUCUAAAUGUAUGUAUCUAAGGAGAACCAUGCUCUUGUUCUGUUCCUGUUGAGUUCCACAUACUGGGUUCUUGCUUUGUUUUCCUUGGCUAAUCAGUCUAGUACAAAAGAUUACAAUCCUGUCUAGAGAAAAGAAAGGAAUUUUUUAACAAAGUCAAGCACGAGGUGUUCUAAGCUAAAUCCUGCAUUUGGGAUGGAAGCAGGGCAGCACUGAGCAAGGCUGUAUGUACCAGCACACCCAGCGAGCUGGAGUCAUAGCCUGCAGGAAGGAGCGCCCAGUGUUUGAACGGAUGAGGCGCCUGAAAGAGCGCUCUUCACGUAAAACCUGGAAAUCUGUUCAAGGUUUCCUCUUUCUGAAAACCAAACUAGGUCCCCCAAAUCAGGAGUAAGAGAACAUUAAUUUCUAAAUUGUGUUUUUAGAUUGAUCAGCUGGUUUGAAUUGGCAUCUCCUCCCCUCUCUGGCCCUGACCUCUGCCUCCCCUCCCUGCCUUCUCUUAUCCCUCCUACUUUCGUGGCUUUUAAAUAAAAACAACAGCAACAGAAACCAGCUUAGCCAUGCAUCCUGUCAGCGUUUCUAGCCACUUAGCAACAGCUUACAUCAAAAGUGCAUUUCCUGUCAAGGAGAGGAAGACAGUGGAGAAGGGACACCAGUCAGGCUGCGACACCUGCGUAGGAAGGCCUGGGCUACCGCAUCCGCUCUGGCCACCGAACGAGAGAGUGCCGAUGAAAUCGACAGCAGACAUCACGACAGAUCUGACCUCUGCCAUGAGUUUUUUUAUUUUGUUUUUUAGCAGUGCUGACAAAGCCGAAGUUUUGUAAGGUACAUAAAAAUCCAGUUUAUAUGUAAACAAGCAAUAAUUUAAGUUCAGAACUUAAGUGUUUUAAUUGUAUAAUUUUGUGAGGUAUACAUAUUGUGGGAUUGACUCAAAAAUGAGGUACUUCAGUAUUAAAUUAGAUUUAUCUUCAUAGCAAUGUCUCCUAACGGUGUUUUGUAAAGGCUGCCAAUGCCUUGAUUGGACCUGAUUUGUAGACUUAAGUCUUUUUGUUUUCUAAACCUUGAGAUUCUGCUCAUGAAUCAUGUACCUAAUCUAUAUGAUAUGCAGCCGCUGUAGGAACCAAGUCUUGAUUUUAUAUGUUUAUAUUCUUUCUUAAUAAACCUUAGAAAGACUACACAUUACUAGCAGCGCACUUUUAUGGUUGUUUUUCUUGCCCACUCUGUCGGGGAAUAGCCUUUGUUAACUGGUAUCAGAUUCCAACAACUGCAGUACCCAGAACUAAGACCUUUUCAAUUCUCCGCAGCCCCAAUAUACAUACUUUGUUACCUAAAUUUCAGAAUGGUAUCUUUUUGAUGUCUAAAAACAAAACAUUUUAUAAUAUGUCAUUAGCCAAGCUUUCUAGUAACAGAAGUUUUUCCUUGAAAUUUAACUGUUUAUUCGUGGCAGGGUGAAAAACAUUUAAACUACCCUAUUUCUAUUUAUGUCUCUAUAUAUCUAUAGAUUGUGGAAAUAGAGAAAAGAGAUAUGGCCCAAAGACAAAUGGUAAAUCGUCUGAAAAUGUUGCUCCAAGCUAAAGAACUUUCUGGAAAUUUGCAUUCCGAUACCUUUUCCACUUUGAGAGGAAUCUCAGUGCAGGGAGGUGGCCAGGGACAGCACUUCCCAGUGACCACCAGUUCAUGCAUCCACUCAAGGCUCCAGGGAGCAGAUGGAGGCCGGGAGCUCUAGGCCCUCCCCCAGGAGUGAGGCUCAUGUGGUGUACUGCUAAAGGUGACCCAUUCUCAGAUCAAUGUUCAAAAAUACGUGAGGUAGGAUAACUCUCAGCUUGACACGGCACAAGAGAAAACGGAGUUUAAAGCAGAUUUGUUUUGAAUUUUAAGUCCCAUUUCCCGAUAACACCAGCCACAAUACCGAACUUUCCAUAUUCAUGCGUUCUACCGCUGUUUUCCAAUAUCAAUCCCGACCGGGCAGUCAGAGUAACCGUGAUCAGGGCGUGAAGAGAGGGUAAACUCUCUCCCCACAAUUGUUUUUACAUCUCAUUAGGAGUAUGAAGUAAGUGAAGGGGGUCCUCUGAUCAUGUUCUCACAGAAGCAAAUGCCAAAUCAGCGCCCUUCUCCAUCAGUAUUCCUCAUGCUAUUCACGGUAAAUUUGUACUUGGUUUUGGUUUAGCAGGACAUAGAAUCAGUGUUUUUCUUAUACUGCUCAAUGUGAAAAGCAUACCCACCUUAACUCGGUUGUAGAACCCAUCUAAGUGUUCAUGUACCGUGGUAAGUUUUAAAAGUGAAGUGAGCUGUGUUACUACAACAGAUUCUUUUGACUCAAAGAAUAAAACACCCCCCCCACGUGUAUCUUUUACGGCCUGUAAUAAUUGAAAGCAAUGGUUUUUUGCAGUUUAAGAUGCAACUUUUAAUCUGUGUUUUUAACUGGAGUUCAUAUGGGUGUGACACAUGAACUGGGAGGCACAGAUCCACUUGCAGAACCCAAAGAUACACAAUCAAUUUUGAAAUGCAACUUAAGCCAUUAAUUGUUGGUGUGAAUUUAAAAUUUUCUAGUGUUUGUAUGGUAGUAUGCUGCCUAAGAGCAAAGCACUCUCUGCACAAAAGAAAAUUACUGUAGUGGCUUCGAUUUUAAUUAGAAUUUUCUCCCUGGUGUUUCUUUAUAGACUAAAACGAAAUCUUUUAAGUUUCUUACUACAGGUAAAAGCUAUGUGCAAGAACCUCAAAAUGCUAAAACCUAGCAUAAUGCCUUAGAUCUGUUUUUAAGUCUUGUAUAUUCCUACAUAGCUGUCCAAUGUAUUAUAUUUGUAUAGUGAAUUGUGUACAAUUUUUGAACAAGUGCAUCAUCACUUACCCUUAUGUUAUUGAACAGUGAUGAUGAUCCAUUUCUUCAAACAUUUAACUGUCAUUUUUUUUGUCAUUCGUGGAUUUUAUUUGUACAGUUCCUCAUGAAGUUGCAUCUGAGAUAUGUGUAUAUGAAAAGAUUAUACAAGGGUAAAAUUAAGCAAUAUAUUAACUAUGGUUCUUCAGGAGAAAGCUUACAGUGUUUCAGGUUGUGAUUUAUUUUCAAAACAGAGUUGGCUCUGAACAUCACUUUGUUCAUCUGCAUUGAUGUUUGUAUUUCUAGUGUGAGCAGUUUAUGCAAAGGUAGAUAUAUUCAGAGAAAUUUUAAAUACAUUUAUGCAAGUUACUAUUGCUUUGCUGAUGCUAUUUGCUUAUUUGAUGUUAAAUAAUGCUAUUGUAAAUAAAGAAUCUGUUGUUACUGCAUCAUUUAAUAAAUUUUAAUGCCUUCGGGUUUUACAUGG